CAGAGGGUACCUGACACAUAAAAGGCAUCCAUCGGUUAAUUCAUACGACUAGUCCUAUUUCGGACGUCAAACUUCAACAUAUAUAAUAAAUAUGGGACUAAUAAUUAAGGCGCUCAUUUUCCUUAUUUUUUGUACAACUUGCACUUUCUCGGACAAAAUUGAUUCCACUAAAGAUGGUCUGCAGCAAGAGGAAGCCACCAGACGACCUUUGCCUUGGUGGCUAAUGAUGGAUAGAUAUAAGACAAUCGGCAUACCCAAUCCAACCCAAUUAUUCCCAAACUCUGGAAAGGCAUGUAUUCCAAUUGACGGGACAGUAGGAGAGGACAAUGGGCAAGAAAACGCAUUUUGGUAUUUUCGAGAAGACUUGCUAGUAAAUGCCCAGCAUAUUUUUUGGCACUUGACUCAUCCCAUAAUGCUGGACAACCCCAACGGAACGCUUACUAAUGAUAGGCGUGGGGAAUUAUUUUACUAUUUUCAUCGUAACGUACUUGCAAGAUAUGACGCUGAACGCCUUGCCAAAGGAUUUAAUCGAGUAGUGGCACUGAGAUAUGAAGAAGGUGCAAUAGUUGGGCAGGGAUAUGACCCUCAUUUUCAAGAGGGCACCACAGAAUUUACGUACCCUCCGCGCCCAAGCAAUAUGCCGUUCAUUAAUAUAACUCGCUUCACACGAUUAUGGCAAACUGUCUAUGCUGAUAUUAAUAACAGGAUGUUGAUUGCUAGGGACGGAAGGUUUGUUGCAUUGGAUGACUUGAAGGGUAUCGAUUAUCUGGGGGAGCUAAUUGAGGCAUCAAUCAACAAUAUCAACGAGGACAGGUAUUCGUUUGAAGGGAUACAUAACGCUGGACACGGUCAUAUUGGAUCCAUGUUUAAUGAAGGCGGAAAUUUUACUGCAAGAGGUGUGAUGCUUAACCCGUCUACUUCGAUGCGAGACCCUGUGUUUUACCAGUGGCACAAACUUGUUGACGACAUUUUCUACCGACAUCAUUCUUACAUGGCUCCAAACCAUCCUACUGUGGGCCAAUUUCCCUUGUUGUGGCAAGGAGUAUCUGUUGAGUCAAUUUCGGUCCGGGCUGCAAGUUCAGAAAGUCCAAAUUUACUACAAACAUUCUUCAAAAAUUUGACCAUUUCAAUCCCCAUUAAGCAAGAUAUUUUUAUGUCCAACGAAACCAUUGAGUACUGUAUGAAGAGAUUGGAAUACGACGAGUUCACGUAUAAUAUCACCAUUGAAAAACAACCAUCCGUCAACAGCGAGAAAGCAACUGUAAGAGUUUUCAUGGCCCCAAGAUUCAAUGAAGUAGGACAGCGUUUCUCACUUGAUGAGCAAACUCGGCAAUUUUUUGCCAUGGACUCGUUUGUUGUACAUUUAAAUUACGGGAAAACUGUAGUCACUCGAAAUUCCUCAUCAUCAAAUUUAAAUUUAAACUGGAAGUUGGAAAACUGGAUGGAUUCUCCACCAAGUUAUGAACAACCGGAAUGUGGGUGUGGCUGGCCGUCAAACUUACUACUCCCCACAGGAAAUGCUCAAGGAAUGGUUUUUGAUCUUUUUGUGAUGGUGACAAAUGCUGAAAUUGACACACCUGAAAACUUGAACCUGAUGCAAGAACCACAGUGCAAAAUGAGUACAAUUCUUUGUGGGAUUAAGGAUCAAAAGUACCCUGAUAUCAGACCGAUGGGAUACCCUUUUGAUACUAAACCAUUCCAAGUUUCUGUUCCAGGGGGUCCUCGAAUGGUUGCCAAUUUGGAGGAAUAUGUCAGUUUACUUCCAAAUACUAAAGCUACUCAGGUGACGAUCAGACACAGCUAAUAAAUCUACUUUUAUACGUACUUAGAAAUGGA